AUGCCUCUGUUCGUUUUUCCUGGAUCACAACCUUCCAACUCCACAUCAGAGCCAGGCAUAAUGGAGAAAUUUAUUGCCGAAUUUUUUGCCAAAUUUGUCAACGUCAUUCUUCAAUCGAGGUCCCCAGACGUUUCUGCCCAACACGACAAUGCUGAAACUUUCUUCUCAUCUCGUUCCUCUUCACCUCCAUUGAAUAUAGGACCACGAGAUGAAUGGUUCAACUUAGCCCUAAAAGGUUGCCCUGCUGCCCUUGAUAACAUUGAUAUGUGGAUGCAGAACUACCUUGAGCCAUUGGUUCUUGACAUUGUGUUGGAUAGUGGGAAAACAGAUCGGGAUGAGAGUUGUGCUUAUCUUGGCGGGGUGUUUGUACGGAAUCUUUCUACAGGACGAGGUGAAUAUGGACGUCGAAGUAAAAGUGAAAAGAUUGUGGAGAGGUGGAUUGUGCAAUACGAGCGUCAAAGAAUAAAACAGCCCGGAAUGGAGAUCAUGUACCAGAAGGCUUACAGAAGGAUCAUUGUUUUGCUUAGAUCCCUGUAUACAAUGGUUAGGCUUCUACCCGCCUACAAGCUCUUCAGGGAUCUCCAGGCCCCGAGGCAGAUGCACUCCCUUAUCCUUUCUCAUAGAAUCUCUUCGAUUGCUGAGCCAUUCAGUCGAGAGGAAGAUGCUGAGAUGAGCCAACAUGAUUUUGGGUUACUCGACAUUUUUAUUGGAAAAUUGUCCGUUUCUGUUGCAUAUUUAAAGACGCUCGAGGUUGUGAGCUCGGGGCCUUCCACUCCCAUAUCUAUAGAAUUUAUAAUGGAUUAUGUGGCGAGCCCACUUGUCAGUCCUUUUAUGAGGUUAUCAUCUCUUUCUACCGUUGGAUCAACAACUUCAUACGCUUCAUCUUGUCGACGGCAUAGUUGGAGCAAUGAUCAUGGAGAAACACCUUCCUAUUCUCCUACUCCAUCACCUACAUAUGAUUUUCAAGCUCUGCAUCAUAAUGUAAGUCCCUGUAUCUCCUCUGGUCAUCUUUUGUCUGAAAAUUCUGCAUCGCCAUGCUCCAUCAACCACGUUUCAUUUUCUUGCCAUGCAAGAAAUUUUGAGGAUUGUAGGCCCUCUCCAUCAUUUUCACCAUCAUCAUCAUCCCAUUCUAUAGAAUUUAAAAUGGAUUAUGUGGGGAGCCCACUUGUCAGUCCUUUUAUGAGGUUAUCAUCUCUUCAUACUGUUGGAUCAGCAACUUCAUACGCUUCAUUUUGUAAUGAUCAUGUAGAAACAUAUUUCUAUUCUCCUACUCCAUCUCCUACAUAUGAUUUCCUAGCUCUGCAUCAUAAUUUAAGUCCCCGUGUACCCUCUGGUCAUCCUUUGCUUGAAAAUUCUGCAUCGCCAUGCUCUAUCUCCCACGUUUCAUUUUCUGGCCAUGCAAGUAAUUUUGAGGAUUGUAGGCCCUCUCCAUCAUUUUCACCAUCAUCAUCAUCCCAAUCUUGUCCAACUCAUCUAAACAGAGUUUUUUUGCACUCAGAGAGUGCUCGGGUUAGUAUCCAAUUGCCUAGGCAGGAGGGAAGUGAUGCAGGUCAAAAUCAAGGUCUGUCUCCAUCUCCUUAUAUUAAGACCAAGAGGCAGGCUAGGGCUUCUCAACUAGAUACCCUUGGAACUCAAGAGAACACAUUAUGUGCUUCUAAAACAUAUUCACCGGGAAAUAAACUGCCCUUAAACAAAGAAUCAUUGAGGCUCAUGAUGUUUCAGACUGAAAUGGCACUAUCAAAGAUUGUAUCGACUGGGGAGGAAUUUACAGGGUACCUCUCUGGCUUGAAAUCUUCUUGCAGCCCACCACGAAUGUCAUGUAGAAGCUCAAAUAGGUUGUUUUUCAUGGAUAGUUUUGAUAAUUCUGUCUUUUCCUGUCCUUUUGCUGAAGAUAAUGGGACCAUAAUUUCAUACAG